AUGGUGUCGUACGCCUCUGCAUUGACAAAGGAUGGCCGCAAACGCGCUCCGCGACCACUUUUUGGCGUUAACAUUGUGAAGCCAUUUCCGUGGGUGCGUGUCGUGCUGGGCCUUGGCGCAGUGGCCUUCCUUACCCGACGGGAGUACAAUGCAAGGUAUCAAGUAUCACCCCGUGAUCAGUUCCUGCGCAAGGUUGUUGUCGUGCCAUACGGCGUUCUUGGUAUGCAGAUGACUCUACAAGGUGGCCUUGUACGGGCUGGCAGUGAGCCGGACGAAAGCACGUUUAUUGUGGACCCGGCCAACUUGCGCCACAUCUUCACGACGGCGGUGGGCGCAACCGGCGCCUCUGGGGCGAUCUACAACAUGUUAGGUCUUCGUGGUCCGUUUCCCGAUGAGGUGGUGCAGGCCAUUUCCCGUGUGUGUGACACCAAAUUUUACAAAUACGGCGAGAGGGCUAACGUCAUUCACGUGGUUGACCCCGAUUUCCGUGAGGGUGCCUGGUCAGAGCGCGAGGCAGCAGUUGAGCUUUCACGUGCAUACCGAAAUGUGUUUCACGAGUUCGUAAGAGGUGAUGGAGAUGUGUUGCGUGUGCCGCCGCUAUCGAGUGGUGUGCUUUCUGGCUCACUUUACAACCAGCUUCCCAUCAUAACACAGUCUGCGGUAGCUAUGGCCUUUGAGCAGUUACAUACGUUUGAUCGUGAAUAUCUGUUGCGCCGCGACAAGCAGGUUGAGUUGUGCGUGUUUAUGAACAGAGAGUGGGAUAUGUACCAGAAUGUCUUCAAGAACUGCACGCAGCCCUCCAAAUUGUAG